AUGGAUGACGAUGCCACAGCUGACCCAGAACCGCCGGCGACCAGAGGGCCCGCUGUGAGGGUGCUGAGGAAGGGCGCCAGCUGGGGGUGUCGCAAGACGUGCAUGCGGCGUGCAGCUGGGGGGUGGGGGUUUGGCGGCGGCGGAGGAGGCGGCGGGGCGGGCGUCGGUGGGUUGGAUGAUGGGUGGAUGGAUGGAUUGGGUGGAUGGCGAGGGAUGGGAUGGAUGCAUUGCGCCAGAGAGUUUAGCAGGCCGGCCUAG